UGAUUUCCUGAUACUCGCAAGCUGGAGGAAGUAAGGGGAAAACUCCAUUAAAAAGCCCAGCUUCCCUCCAUGUUAGAUGUGAAGUGGAAAAAGGGGAAGAUUUAGCAGAAUUCCACCGAGUCUUCAGCUGGGCUGGAGAGGGGAAGAGCACAGCGGACACCCUCGGGCUGUUGAAAUUUCUAGACUGCCAGGAAGCCCCUAGAAUUCAGAGAAAAUUGAGAGUUUCUUAACUCAAACUGGAGGGAAAAGGGACAGAUGCUUUUAAUCAUUCUCCCAGAUGUGGGCUACCUCUCCUGGCCAGCAUGGUAAGCACGAGGGCACGUGCCUGCUGCCUCGGACAGGUCCGUGCGAUCCCAGGCCCCCUGAGUAAGGCAGAGUGAUCUCCAGCCUGCCGCUCGCUCGCUUCCCGCGCUCCAUGGGCUUUGGGAGAAGCCGGAGAAGCCACAGCAGCUGCGCGGUGCCCGCAGCUGGAGCCGCGGGGAUGAGCUGCACGGAGGGAGGUGACAGCAGCUGCGGCUGCGGGGGCACCGAGGAGAAGAAGAUGCUGAAGUGUGUGGUGGUGGGGGACGGCGCCGUGGGCAAGACCUGCCUGCUGAUGAGCUACGCCAACGACGCCUUCCCGGAGGAGUACGUGCCCACCGUGUUUGACCACUAUGCAGUUACUGUGACAGUGGGAGGCAAGCAACACUUGCUCGGGCUGUAUGACACCGCAGGACAGGAGGAUUACAACCAGCUGAGGCCACUCUCCUACCCCAACACCGAUGUGUUUUUGAUCUGUUUCUCCGUCGUGAAUCCUGCCUCUUACCACAAUGUCCAGGAGGAAUGGGUCCCAGAGCUGAAGGACUGCAUGCCUCAUGUGCCUUAUGUCCUCAUAGGGACCCAGAUUGAUCUCCGCGAUGACCCCAAAACCUUGGCCCGUUUGCUGUAUAUGAAAGAGAAACCUCUCACUUACGAGCAUGGUGUGAAGCUUGCAAAAGCGAUCGGAGCACAGUGCUACUUGGAAUGCUCGGCCCUAACUCAGAAAGGUCUCAAAGCGGUUUUUGACGAGGCGAUCCUCACCAUUUUCCACCCCAAGAAAAAGAAGAAACGCUGCUCUGAGUGUCACAGCUGCUGUUCAAUUAUCUGAGGCUGCUGGGGGACCGGCUUCCACCCCAUGUAAGGGUGAGAGUGGCGCCGACAUCUGAGGCCAAGCUCAAGCCAUGACGGAGGGCGCGACCAGAGAGGAAGUCCCUUUGCACGGAGCCUUGCUCCUACCCUGGGAGCCCCCCCCCCCCGCAAGCACAGCACACCAACUGCCACGUCCCCCUUACCAGCCCGAAGCGCCCGCAUUGCACACUCCAGGAGAAGGCUGAGCCCGCCGGACGUCAGCCACCGCCGGCUGACCGUGUGCUGCAAACGAAGGCAAAGACCAUGUUGCGUUUUGCGUUUCGCCUCCACGAACGUGAAGCUGAUGGGAAAUCAUCACCCAGAAACCGGAAGAGGAAGUCGGUUCCUGUAUUGGUGGCCUUACCCCCAUGUCUUCUACAAAACACAGGAAUACUCUACUAACCUUGUUUUCCGAAUCUGUUGUUCGACCUAUGUGUCUUGCAUUUAUUUGUAUUAUUUUAAGAAAUGUACUAACUUACCAAUUUCCUCAGGCCUUACAAGUCCAUACCAAAUUAGCCUAAAGACAAAGUAUUUUAUAUUCAUUUCCAUUUUCAGUCUGUAGAAACAGAACCAACCAAGCUAUCAGAACCAACCUCUAGAGGAAUGCCUGACUGUAAGAAGAAAACAAGAAAAUGUUACAACUUUUGGAAAUUUACAAAGCCAAGAUUUUUGAACCUGGUUGAAGGAAAAGCAGCACCUGAAUGUUGUGGGGUCCAUGUUUCUGCCAAAGAUUCACCCUGGAAGUGCUAUUGCUUAUGGGUAGCCUUAUUUUUCUUCCAUAUUUAUAUUGUCAUGGCAAAUUACAAAUGAACUGUGUUCAAAAAGUAGUAUUUCUGCUUUUUAAUCAAACUGAUUGGGGGAGAAUAUGGCAGACCUAGGUUUUAAAAUAUUCUUUAUUCAGCAAAUUUAACUUUCCUGCUCCCUCCCUUUCCGGGCGCAUGCCCUUUUCCUCCCUUAAUUUCACUUUCUCCCUUGCCCAAUAAUAACCAGAUCUAAAAGAAAGACCUGGCCAUGGGCAUGAAAAAGUAAAUGUUUAAAAGUCCCCAAAGGUUAAGCAAAGUGCUUCCAUUUUUCCACUUGCUUCAACCUGAAGGGAUUCUCAGGUUGGCCCACAUCCGCUCCCCGUUCUGUUUAAAUGACAUUUUCCAAGUACAGCUGGUACUAACAUAUUGCCUCUGCCUAUUUCCUACACUCAUUGUCCCAAACGUGUAUUUAGGGGAUGGAUCUGCAGGUACCAAGCUCUGAAUCUGUUUAUCCCCUGCUUCCAAAAUGCUGUGCUCUGUAGAACAGGACCCUCUGUCUUGGAAAGUAAAAGCCCCCAGUAAAGAAUGAUGUGCCCUUUUUAUAUGCCCCUUCCAAAGAGCCAGGGAUUCUUGUUAUCACAGAGUGAAUUAUUUCCUAGCUUUUAAUUAGAGAGGAUAAAGUCUCCUAAUUGGUCUUAUUUGCUUACAAUUACCCUGGAAAAACCCAGGUAGGCACUUUACUUUUUAUUUCAAUUGCAUAAGCAAAGUGCCUCUUCGCAGCACCAAAUUACACCUAUCUUAGCAUAAAAAUUUCCGGAUUCACACUCCUGUUGGAAAAAUCCAAUCUUUCUAGUCCCUUCUGCUCCUGGAGAAAGUCCAUAAAAGAGAAACAUAUGAUGUGGGUCUCUUCUGUUAAGACCUUCCAUGACAUCCCCUCAGUUGUUUGGGUUUUGUUUGUUUGUUUAGAAUUUCUGGAAUGUGUUUUCCCUUCUUCCAUGUUGCAAGUCCUAUUUCCCCGCUCUCCCAUCUAGUCACUAAACAUUUUCUUAAACAUGCACACACACACACACA